AUGCGGACCCCUGCAGCAAUGAUUGUUGGCAUGGUGCUGGCCCCUUGUGGGUUAGUGCUGACCCUCACUUCUACUGUAGCACCCGAUUGGCGCACGCUGGCCAAACUGCCCAAUCUAGCCUCCGACAUCCAGUACAUUCAGGGCAUUUGGGACAUCUGCCAAGUAUCAACCAUUAAUCAAAAUAUACAGUGUGGACAGUCCAAUACUGAAUACUUCAGUGUACAAGUGGUGCAAGUUGCCAGGGGGAUGAUGAUCGCCUCCCUAAUUGUCGCCGGGAUUGGCAUUGCAUUGGCAUCCUGGGGUGUGCGCUGCUGGGAGGACGUACCAAAUUUCCUUAUGUCAGGUUGCAGUGGCAUUGUCAUUUUCAUCUCAGGAUUGCUCUCUCUGAUUCCCAUCUCAUGGUACAACAAUAUCAUUUACAACUUGGUGAGCACUGACACAGCAACUAGUCCACCAACCAUUUACGUAGGCUACAGUUUGGUGUUGGGGUACCUGGGCAGCUGUUUGGAGUUAAUUGGAGGAUUCUCACUUAUGCUCUGCUUUGUGCCACCCUGCAAGAAGUGCUUCAAAGGCAAGGGAAAACCCACAGCUUCCAUGUACUAUAGCAAGAAACAGAUGUCUAACAAAAAUGGGAACCCCAGCCAAGUCUACAGCAUCCAGAGCAGAUAUACCCAGGAGGAAGACAAUCCUAAGCAAGUUGGAUACAGCAUACAGAAUGACAGUUACAGGCAUGAUCCUGGAAGUAGAAAAGCUACUUCUGUAAUUUCCAGCCCUAGAUCCUACACCAACCCCAUGGAUGUGACAGCUGGAGAGCACCAUAGGAGUUACAGCAGACCAGGGAGCCAUCUGAGUUCUCUACCUUGUGACUCAGAUCUGCUGUAG